AUGGCGCCAUCGGGGCCGACCUACUCUCGCCGGUCGACAGCGGUUGUCGCGCGCGUUGCGGCGGCGCUGCUGAUGCUCGCCGCCGCCGCUGCCGCCGCUGGUGAAGGGCCCGUCUUGCGCAGGGCGUUAGCGAGGGCGAGGGCGGGUGAGCCGGUUGGGACAUGGCGGCGAAAUGGUUCGGACUUUGAGGCGCGGGAUGACCGUAAAUGGCGCGUGGGUGGGAACGGCGAGGCUUGGAGAGGGUAUGGGUUCGACACGGACACGAGGGGAGAUGGAAUGAGCGAUCGUGUGGUUGGGGGCUCACGCGCUGACAUUGACAGAGGUGACAUUGACGGAGGUGAUAUUGACGUAGGUGAUAUUGACGGAGGUGAUAUUGACGGAUGUGACAUUGACGGAAGUGACAUUGAUGGAGGUGACACUGACCGAGGUGACAUUGACGGAGGUGACAUUGGCGGAGGUGACACUGAAGGACGUGACAGUGACGGAGGUGACGGCGAGAGUGAAGGCCUAGGCGGCGACGAUGUGGGCGGGUGGUUGUCGGGUCCGCACUCACAGCAGCAUGCGCGUGGCGGCGACGAAGGGGGGACGCGAGGGCGGUCGCCAAGGGGCGCGCAGCGGGAAUUGCAGGGGGAGCGGACGCGGGAGGGCAGGCGGGAAGCGUCGCGGGGAAGGGAGUUGACGGAGGAGCGAGGAGGUUCAGUGGGCGGAGAGGCGCGAGGAUGUUCUGUGGGCGGAGAGGCGCGCAGGCGAGGGGAGGGCAGGCGAGGCACGGGUGGGCGUCGCAGGCUGGCGGAUGGUCAAGGCAGUGAGGGGGGCGGUGGCAGUGAUGGGGGCGGUGGCAGUGAGGGGGGCGGUGGCAGGUACGACGACGGUAGCGAUGGGCGUGAGCGCAUGCACGUGGGCGCGCGUGGCGGCAUGGCGGGCCCUGGGGUGUGGGUGGACGGAGUUAAACGGCACACGCGGCGGGCAGGCGACAGAUGCUGGAGCAAAUGGGAGAUGCGCAUGUAUGUCACGGUGAGAUGCACAUGUAUGUCACGCGCCCCGACCGCCAGCUCCCCCAUCACUGGCGUUGAGGCUGCGCCUGUUUCUCUUGUUUCACCAUUCCCUCCUCGCCUCUUCUCCUCGUCUUCCUGUCCCCUCGCGUUCUCUAAUGCACCCCGCCCUUCUGCAUGGCCUCUCCCCCCAACCCUCUCUCUACGUGCACCGCAGCGCCCUGACCGGCAGCUGCCGCCAUCACUGGCGUUGCGGCGGCGUCUGUCGGAGUACCGUCGGAUGCACCGCCGCUGCACACAGAUCCACGACUGGCUUGCCUUCUACCGCAACCCGUACAUGGGGUGGAAGGAUGGCGUUGACGGGCUGGGCAACUGCAAGUAUCUCUUCUUUAUGCCGCCCGCCUACCAUGGCAUGGGCAACCGCAUAAUGGCGCUCAUCUCGGCCUUCGCGUACGCGCUGCUGACGAACCGCACGCUCAUCAUCCCACCCGACUCGUUCCUCUUCCGCUUCUUCUGUGACCCCUUCCCCGGCACCUCCUGGACCAUCCCGCUCGAUGCUUACAACACCAUAUCCCAGACGGUGCACCGCUCGCUGGCGCGCAACCGAGGCCUUGUUAAUGGAUGGGACGGCCAUGACGUCAGCAUGCACAUGUCAUGGGACUCCAAGGCGGACACGUGGGGCAUGUUCUGUGAGGCGGAGCAGCAGGAGAUGGCCACGGCGCGCUUCGCCACGCUCUACACCGACUACUUCCUCGUGCCGCACUUCUACCUCGUGCCCUCGCUGCAGGUUCAGCUCGAGUCCCUUUUUCCCGAUCGACGAGUCUUCACGCACCUUUCUCGGUACCUGCUGCACCCCGCCAACUACCUGUGGGAUCGCAUCACCCGCCUCUACCACGGCCACCUCGCCCUCCACUCCCUCACCGUCGGCCUGCAGAUCCGGGCAUUCGAGGAGACAGAGGAGGAUUUGAUGGUGAAUGUGUUUGAGUGCGCCACCAACAUCGCCAGAGUGCUGCCGCCUGUCAUGCCCACCGACCAAUGGCGCCACACCGCUGCCUCUGUGACGGAGGAGGCGCUGCUGGGCGUGCGCGGGCGCAGCAUCGGGGCGCUGGUGGUUUCGCUCAACCCCACCCACGGCACCAAGCUGCGCGACCGCUACAUGCUGGGCAAGCCGCUGGAUGGCAGCACUGUCUCCGUCUUCAGUGUGAGUGGAGAGGGUCAGGAGAAGCAGGAGGACCAGCUUCAGUACGAGCUCGCCGUCACCGAGAUGUGGCUCCUCGCCUUCUGUGACGUGCUGCUGGUGACGGACACGUCCACGUUUGGGUACGUGGCGGCGGGGGUGGCGGGGGUGACGCCCUACACCAUGAACGUCGCCAAGUGGAAGCACAGCGACUGGCGCUCCAACGGCCGCCUCGCCUGCAUGCUCGGCUCCUCCGAGCCCUGCUAUGUGCACCCCGUGCAGGAGCGCGUGCUGUGUCCUGGAGAGGCAGAGAAGCGGCCGCUGGAGAACAUACCGCAGACGCGGGCGUGCCACGCCACGGGCGUGGGGCUCACCACCAACCUGCCGCCGCUGCCACUGCCCUCCCACCAUGACGCCUUGGAUGCCGCACAUCCAGCUCUACCACGAAUCAUGCCCGAGAAGUCCCUAACGGGGCGCCGGUUCUUCUCUCCCCGGAAAACAGCAACAACAUCAAACCAGUCCACCUGGUAG